GCAGAUCGCAUCAGUUUCGCUCGGAACUUGCACCGGACAGGUUGAGUCAGUCUGGAGAACCUUACUCAGCGCCAUGAAGAAACUGGUGCUUUUGUUUCAAGCGGUUUUCGUGGUUGGCAUCGGUGCCGUGGCCAAAUGUGGCGUCCCGGAAGCUUUCAUGGGCCAGGAACUGGUGCCGGACAUCAUUCCGGAAGCCCCCGCCAUGCUGGCCAAGGUCACCUACCCGUCGGGUGCCGAAGCGUCCCUCGGUAACGAACUGACCCCGACCCAGGUCAAAGAUCAACCGACCGUCAGCUGGGAGGCGGACUCCAACUCGCUGUACACGCUGAUUUUGACUGACCCGGAUGCGCCCAGUCGGGCUAACCCGAAAAUGCGCGAGUGGCGCCACUGGAUCGUGAUCAACAUUCCCGGCGAGGACGUGGCCUCGGGUGAGCCGGUGGCGGAGUACAUCAGCUCGGCACCGCCUCAGGGGUCCGGACUGCACCGGUAUGCGUUCCUGGUGUACAAACAGCCGUCCGGCAAGAUCGACUUUGACGAGCCCAGGUUGAACAAUCGCAACCCGAACCGUGGCAUGUUCCGCGUGGCCGAAUUCGCCGCCAAGUACGCGCUCGGAACGCCGAUUGCCGGCAACUUUUACCAGGCCCAGUACGACGACUACGUUCCGCAGGUGUACGCGAGCCUGGAUUCGUCCCGGAAGUGAGCGAAAAACUCCGAACCAACAUCAACACACUCAAGCACAUACACACAAAACAAUAGCAGCACAGAAGCACACUCACACUCUGUUUCCGGUAGUAGCGAUGAAGCGGAGGGAGGAAACAGAAGUAGCAAAUGGUUCUACAACUCACUUGUUUUGGCACCACUUGGCAAUAAAAUCACCGCGCGAGUACCACCGUACCACAGACAGGCAGACGUGAAACUUUUUUUUUAAUUGCAUGAUCAACGGUUUAUUCAAAUUUUCUGAAGUCAACGAUCUGCAAUCGAAACUGGUGACGCCACCAUGAUUUGGUUCUAUUUUGAUUUUUUACACAUUAUUUUUUUGCUAAACACUUUAGGACUACGAUGACGAAGAAUUGUUUUGAUAACUUCUACAAAGAUUCAUGUCUGUUUGUCUGUGGUUUCACCAUCGGGAGGGUACUUUCAACCUACAAAGAAAAUACAAUAACAUGAAUCCAUAAGACUCAA